GAUGAUCCUGAUAAUCCGAUAGGUGUUCAAAAUAUUGAAGCUGGUGAAGCGAUGCAAGAUUUUAAAGAUCUCGGUGACAAAUUAGUUCAGGAAAUCGACGUAUCUGAAAUGAUUUCAAAACUGAAUGCAGAUCAAAGAAGAGUGUUUGAUAGAGUUAUCGAUACUGUAUUAUCGGAGAAUAAAUCGUUGUUGCGAUUGUAUGUUAGUGGAGAAGGAGGUACUGGCAAAAGUUUCUUCAUAAGAACAAUUAAAUGCUGGAUUAAACAAAACCUCAACAAGGAUACUGCCGUAGCAGCCCCUACUGGUAUAGCAGCGUUUAAUGUAGACGGUUUAACAGUUCACAGAUUGCUUCAAUUACCUGUUGAACAUGGUCAGACUCCUAAAUAUAAACAAUUGUCCGAUCAUGUGUUGAAAGUUUUACGAGCAGAUCUCAAAGAUGUCAUUCUUUUUAUAAUUGACGAAGUGUCAAUGAUAUCUAAUUUGUCAUUUAUGUAUAUACAUCUACGAUUAUCUCAAAUAUUUGAUACUAUUGAUUGCGAUGACGGUUGGUUUGGCCGAAAGCAUAUUCUUUUAUUUGGAGAUUUGCUUCAGUUACCUCCUGUACACGAAGAUCCUGCUUUUGUACCUUUAUCGGAUGAAAAAAUUUCUAAAUACCUCGGUUCGUUAUGUGCUCCUAAUAUAUGGGCUACGUUAUUUAAUUAUGAUGAAUUGACAAUCAACAUGCGCCAGCAAGGAGAUGGAUCUUAUCGUGAAUUACUAUCGAGAAUUCGCGUUGGUUUGGUAAUUAAGUCUGAUUAUGAUAUUCUCGAAAGUAGAAAAAUAUCUUUUAAAGGUGUAACUUUUGAAACGAGAUUACAAGAAUUAUGUAAUUAUAUUGAUAAUUUUCCGUCUGACGCAGUUUGUUUAUUGCCUACUUGUCAUAUGUGUGACGUUCUUAACGCUGCAAUGCUAAAUCGUAUUGCUUCGAAAGAAAUAUUAUUAACUGCUGAAGAUGCGAUUCAAUGUACUAAAUAUAUUAAAAAGAAGGUUGAAAAGCUAUUGUUAGAUACUGAUGAUGACAAUUCUAGAACAGCUGGACUUUCGAAACUAAUUACUAUUAAAAUUGGAGCGAAAAUUAUGAUAAGACGCAAUAUCGAUGCCAGUUUGGGUCUUGUAAACGGUACGAUCGCUAAAGUUACUUCAGUUGUACAGGAUAUCUCUAGUAAGUAUAUAGAAAAGAUCAAGGUUCUUGUACCAUCCGGUUCCGAAUAUUUAAUUGAAAGAGUAAACGUCAAGUUUAAAGUAAUGGAUAGAGCAUAUGUUAUAAGAAAACAAUUUCCAAUUUCUUUGAGUUACGGCAUCACCAUUCAUAAAAGCCAAGGAUUGAGCUUGCAAAACGCCAUUAUGGAUAUAGGUAAUUCUGUAUUUAGUUGUGGGCAAGUAUAUGUUGCUUUAUCUCGAGUAACAUCUCUCGAUGGUGUACAUUUAAUUAAUUAUGAUCCUUCAUCUGUAAUAGCUAGUGAAGAAGCUAUUAUUGAGUAUAAUCGAUUGAAAAAGACAUAUAAACCGCAAGCGGAAAUAAUUACUAUUUCGACGAAACGUCGUCAUAAAGUGAAAGACGUUCUGUGGACAUCGUCAAAAGUAAUUGCUUCCGUUCAAGAGCAAGAUGAAGGAGCUCAACGAAAUACUGCUUAUUGGAUCAUACGUGGUUUUCAAAAUACAGAUAACGUCUCAUGCUAUGCAAAUGCAGUGUUACAAUGCUUAUUGCAGUCAA